AUGUUCCGAUUGCCAGGGCUUUUUAGUGUGGUACGGAGAGCACUUUGCAGCAGUGCAGACGAGAUGGGAAAGAAAGGCAGAUUUUUCUACGCCGUGAGGAAAGGACUCAAACCCGGAGUUUACAAUUCGUGGGACGAAUGCAAAUCUCAAGUUGACAAGUUCCCAUGUGCAGUUUAUAAAAAGUUCGCUUCUGAAGAGGAUGCCUGGUCAUUCGUGAGGAGCCAGGCCGCUGUACUUCCCUCUACACCAGCUGAGGGUAAAGAAGGCCUGACUCGACGGAAUUCUGUGCCGAUUGGAGUUAAACGACGGCACGAGACGGAAGAAUAUGAUGCAACCACCGUAAAACGAGUAAAAUCCCAAAAAAGCGACUCCGGAGCCUCCAACAGUGAUGGGUUCACUUACAUGGGCGAUGCUGUGGUGGUGUACACUGACGGCUGCUGCACGGGCAACGGCAGAGACGGCGCGCGGGCUGGAAUAGGGGUAUACUGGGGACAAGAUCAUCCUCUAAACGUGGCUGAAAGGCUGCAAGGGAGACAGACCAACCAGAGAGCAGAGCUUCAGGCGGCGUGCAAGGCUCUUGAACAGGCCAGGGAGAUGAACAUAAAGAAACUAGCUCUGUACACGGACAGCAUGUUCACCAUUAACGGUAUCACAAAGUGGGUGAAAACCUGGAAAACCAGUGGCUGGAGGCUAAAAAGUGGAGGUCAGGUGACCAACAAAGAGGACUUUCAGAAACUGGACAAACUCAAUGAAGAAGUUGAGGUCGUGUGGCUUCACAUCCCGGGACACUCGGGUUACAGGGGAAACGAGGAGGCCGACCGGCUGUCCAGAGAGGGAGCGGCAAAGCCACUGCACUAAAACCCAGAGGAGAAAAGAGCUGUGCUUGGCACGUGGAAGUCAGGCCUUCUGCAUGUCCUGGCACAACACGGAUAAAACCGUGCUGCCUGGAGCUGCUAAACUCAAA